AUGGCCCGCAAAGGCGGGAGCUCCCAGCGAAUGGCUCCACCAAUAAUAAAUAAUGCUGUUCCUCCACCAUCGACCAUUGCGGCUCAAAUUGUCCACAAUGCUUCCAAUGUCCACGCACGGCAAGAUGAAGCAACCAAAGUCAGUUUCGGGGAGCUGGUAAAAGAAUUCCUGCAACAUCCAAAUACCGAUGAACCCGAUCCACAGCUCGUUGCACUUAUAUGUGUCAUUGCCGAGGCGGGCCUUGAGGGACUAUUCAAACAUGACCCGUUUGCCCAGGACCAGCAAAGGCAACAAGGUAUUGACAGCAUUGCUGCACUUACCUUUAUCCUACAGCAGAAGCCGCAUCUGUUGUUGAGCGCAAAGCAAAGUGAUGAUGAGAGUGUUCCUCAUCCUCCUCUUGUGCUGUGGCUGUAUCCGAAGCUACUUGGCUUGUUGACGCAGGCAACACUGCAACCUGUUCACCAACAUGUGCGAAAGCUCCUUGGUCUCUGCCUCACCGUGCUAUCUCGAACAUCCGCUUUAUGGCGACCGGCUGCGACAGUACUGCAGCUCUACAAGUCUAGCAUACUUACAGAGCUAGAAGCUGUGAAUGACCUGGCUUCAUCAUCAUCAUUCAAUCUAGCUUUACCAUCAUCGAGCAGUAUUAGCGAGUUUUGGCCCGAAAGCCAGCAAUGGGUUGCUCUACCUCAUGACCUACAACGGAGUAUCACAUCGCAAGUUGGAUCCAUUCAUGUCGGCUUCAGCCUGCUUCUUGCAUUGGUCAAUAUCAUACAACCCAAGGAAAAGGCGUCAAGCUCUAUUCUAACCCAUCAUUUACCUUGGGUUGUAGACAGCAUCCAAGCAUUAUGGCAGCAUUUCCGACGCUGGACGACAACCUCGGAGAAGCGGCCGCUCUAUGAUGAGAUUAUGCUUUUAUACCUGCAGCUACUGGAAACAUCGCUAUUUCAUCUAGUCCCACAUGGAGACCGACCGUCUACGUCGUUGAAGACUGCCCAGGCAUUGACUAGCAGUCUCGAUGAACUUCUUGAUAACCUGUCAACACCACCAGCAUCAGAAGGCAACCAAGUUCGACUCGCAUCCAUCUUCAACCGCCUAUGCGGUAUCGUCAGUUCUUCAUCCACAAACGCCUCGACAUCACGACGUCGUCAAGAUACAAAUGUAAACUUCAUCUUACAAGAUGUUGAGAAAUCUGUUGCUAGGACAUGUCAAGACGUAGAUCAUUUCUCCAGUUUCCACAAAGAUUUACAGUUGGCUCUCUGUCUCUGGACAGGGCCAGGUCCUUGGCCUAAUCACGUUGCCGACUUGCGCAAAGAACUUUGCGAAAACGAAUCAGCAAGCUUUUCAGACUUUGAACUUUCCGAACAAUCAACGCCGCUGGUAAAGACGUUUUGCUCGUUGAACGUAAUCACCGAAGAUCGACCUACCAAGCGACGAAAGACAUUUCCAGACGCCUCAGAAGACAUCAAUCGCUCCACCUACGAGAGACUCGUUAUAUUGUUGAAUGGUAGUACCCAAGACUCACCUAUACCCAACUUGUCCAACCUUCACAAUAUUAUCCAAGCAAGAUACUCUUCGAUGCCAAAAGACGAGCAACAACUCGAGAUUCGACAAAUGGACAUCAUGUCUGCAUUUUCCAAGAUUGCAUGUGCCGGGUCCCGCUGUCUAGAGCCAUUGCAAGCCCGUUCAACGGUGUUGAAUACUCUGAACUGUACCUUGUGCGAUACAAGCACGCAGAAAGAUGUGGCAAAGUACUGGAACGAACAGAGUGACGGAGAGGACUGGAAAGAAGCUAUUGCCGCCAUGCUCGCAAUCACCCGAGAACCGGCAUUCCAAGCGUCAUCGCAAUCACGGGUUCUUAUGGCGGUUGCUAUCGGCCGUGUCUAUAACCACAUCUCGGAUCCCGACUAUUUGGAUCUGGAAAUGUGCGAGUUAGGACAGUGGUUACUCGCAUGUCUGAGCAGGUCCCUACGAGAACUCAAGCUCGCCGCGACAAAUUCCUUGAUGGUCUUUCUGCGAGAAGACAUACCAAGAAGUACGCGAGGAAAGAACCGGAGGUUCACCAUUGAGUUUCUGGAUGCCCUAGCGAAGCGCGAUGUCCUGUCUGACCAUGAAACACUCAUCAUGGCGUAUGGAAGAACCGCUCAGACGUGCGGUGAGCUAGAGCUUCCCAUCAUACUGCACCACCUCAUCGAAUACCUGGGUCACUCCAAUGCCCUGGUUUGUGGCAUGGCAUAUCGCGAACUUGAGGCUGUCGCCAAAGGAUUCUCCAUGGACACUACACAGCUCUUGAGCCCAUACUGGAAGGUUAUCGGCUUCUCAGUUAUCAAAGAUAUCGUCAACAAGCCCCAAAAAGCACAGCAGUUGGCGGAUCUAACCGAGCAAAGUGUUCGUCAGCUGCUGGUACAAACUCAAGCGGACACACUUCCACAUCUUGUAUUGGGGAAAAGAAGGGACAUUAUCGAAAAGAUUGCCCAGGCACGAAAAGCUUCUGUCAUUGACGUCUUGACACAUCCAAGAGCCAGUCUUGCCAAAAUUCUCGCUCUACUCCUAUCGCAACCUGUUCCUGACGUUGAACAAAAUGCAAUGGAAACACUGGCGGCCAUCGAACCAGCUAUCCGAGACGGUAGCAACAACAGGCUUGAAGCCUGGGUCGCACUCGACAUCACUGGCAUUGCUAUUGAGAUUCUCAUGCUGGCUGCUGAUCAAGAGGGAAUUAGGAAGAAACCAUUCUACAGCGGAUUCACUACGUUGGCAAUGCUUGCCCCAGAUACAAAGUCAGGCCAGCGCAAGUCGACAUCAAAGACAAAGGUUCUGGAUGCCUUUUGCGAGACACAUAUCCUGGGAAUCAUCGCAUAUUUCUCAAACGUCAUCGAGACACCAAGUAUCACCGGGAAAGGCAUACCACAUACGACUCCAGACCGGAAGAGAUGCAUAGCUGCUAUCGGUGAUUUGAUCAGCCUGGCGCAAUGGAGCGUAAACGGGGCUUUGCCGCAGAUUCGCGCUUGUCUUCAGUCAGCAAUGGCAGAUAAGGAUCUCUGCGACGACACAUUCACGGUUUGGUGUGCUUUUCUAUCGGCGCUGGAUGGUGACGAAACCAUGCUUGUCGUCGAUCAAACCUUUGCGCUCAUCGUACAGCAUUGGUCGUUGUUCUCUGAAGAUACCCAAUUGAAAGCUCACAAGACCAUCGGUAACAUCAUCCAGAAAUACAACCCACAGCUUCGAGCAAGAGUGGAAUAUCUUCCCUCACUAGCAGGCAUACCGAUGCUGUCCAAGAUAGAGGGCGAACUGGUAAGGUUCAAAGACAUGGUAGAGAUUAUCAAGGUCUUUCAUGCGUUUAGUAUACGAUGCAAGGAUCAGAACUCGGUCGUGGUACGUCAGGCACUACGAGAGCUUGUGCCAUUCCUGGAUGCCAACCAGCAAGAACUACACCAGUCCGUGGUUGGCCAGAAACCUCUUCCUGUACUUGCAGCAUUGACUCGGUCCCUCCUCGAUGCCAGUGUUCGCUUCUCAGAAGACCACUCCGACAUUACUAUUCUCUGUGCGCAAUGCCUUGGUAUCAUCGGUGGGCUGGAUCCAUACCGAGUGGAAACAGUUCGCGAAAAGAAGCGUGUGUUGAUGCUAUCGAACUUUUCACGAAGGGACGAAGACAUUGACUUUGUGGCGCUGCUUCUCGAACAAGUCCUCGUAAAGGUCUUCCUCUCCACUACAAAUGCGAAAGCACAAGGAUGGAUUGCCUAUGUCAUGCAGGAGAUGUUGAAACAUUGCGGGUUCAGUGCGCUUCGUGGAACAAAACCCCGAUCAUCGCAGGCAAGCACGGAGGCACAGCGCUGGAACGAUAUUCCAGAGGCAGUCCGCACCGUGCUCACUCCCUUCCUGGACUCCAAAUACUCUGUCAAUCAGAAUCCCACGUUGCAGUAUGAGGGUCCCAGCUACCCAAUUUUCAACUUGAAACUCAGUCACGGAACCUGGCUCCAAACCUUUGUGUACGACCUGCUGCGAAAAGGGCAGGGCGUCAAUGCUGAGAUGAUCUUUCCGGUUCUUGCCAGAAUCAUCAAAGGAUAUGAUUUGUCCAUUGCCACCUUCAUCCUACCGUUUGCCGCGUUGAACGUCAUCGUGUCCGAUCACGAUGAAAAUAUGAUGAACGUUGGACGAGAGCUUCUGCAAGUGUUGCAAGCCGAUUUACGUUCCGCAGAGCAACACGAAGCUUCCGUCAUCAAGCAAUGUAGCGAGAACGUUUUCCAAACACUCGAAUACCUGUCGUUAUGGCUACAAGAAAAGAAGAAAUCUCAUUCAGAAGCACGGAUCAUGGCAGGGAAAACGGGUCGUGGCAUAUCAGAGGAUGAAGAAAUGAAUGCCAUCAAGCAGAUCAGUCGCGUCGAAGGUAUACUCCAGCUUAUUCCCGCGGAGAUCAUUUCGCGACGAGCAGUUGAGUGCGGCUCCUACGCACGCGCUCUUUUCCAUUGGGAAGAAUACUACCGGCAACAGCGAGACAUGAAGGCAGAGUUAAAUCAGCCUUUUGCCGAAAAAGACGACCUCCUACAACAUCUACAAAUGAUCUACGCGCAUAUCGAUGAGCCUGAUUGCAUCGAAGGUAUUUCAGCACAUCUCAAAGUGCUCAACCCAGAGCAGCAGAUUAUCGAAGAUCGUAAAGCUGGGCGAUGGACGGCAGCCCAAAGUUGGUAUGAGCUUGCUCUUACCGAGAGACCAAACGAUGUUGAAACUCAAAUCAACCUGUUGACUUGCUUGAAGGAGUCCGGUCAAUACGAUUCACUUCUCAACUACGUAGAUGGCUUCCAUGCCUCCAACACACUUUCGAACGAAACCCUGCCAUUUGCAGCAGAAGCUGCCUGGUCAGUGGGAAAGUGGGAAAAGCUUGAGCGACUUCUGGGUAAUUCUAAUGCACACUCCAAUGCCUUUAUGGACUUCAAUGUCGGUGUAGGUUUAGUGCUGCUGGCGCUGCGUCGUAACAACAGUGCCGAGUUCCAGGGUGGUAUUAUAAAGCUACGUCAGCUUCUAGCAAAGAGUUUGUCCCCCUCAACGACGACUUCGGUACAUGCUUCACAUGAAGUUCUAGUCAAGUUGCAUGCACUGUAUGACAUUGAAGCUGUAAGUGGGAUGAGUGCAGGGGAAAUGAUGAAUCGAGAAGUCAUCCUGGAGAACUUGGACCGGCGGUUGGACAUCAUCGGAGCAUACACCUCAGACAAGCAAUAUCUCCUGGGAGUGCGUCGGGCAGCCAUGACACUGUCUCGCAUCGAAUUCACCAACCUUGAUAUCGCAUCCGCAUGGCUUACAACAGGAAGACUUGCUCGCAAGGGUGACUUCAUGACGACUGCCUUCAAUUCCGUACUCCAUGCCGAGCGCUUAGGAGACAAUGCAUCCAAGAUCGAGUACUCAAAACUGCUUUGGAAAGAUGGUCACCAUCGCAAGGCUAUUCAAAACCUCCGCGGUGCAAUCGACAGCAACGCAUUCGAAAUCGACGAAACUAUACCCAUCAAUGUCUCUGUAACCACAACUGGCAGAGGGGAGGAACAUUCAAUGAGCAAGGUCAAGUGUCACGCCCAACUGUUGCUUGCGAAAUGGCUUGAUCGUGCUGGUCAAACACAGUCAGUCUCGUUAAAGGAAGAGUAUGUGAUUGGUGUACAAACCUAUCCCAGAUGGGACAAGGGUCACUAUUACUUGGGCAGAUGGUAUCUCAAGUUGCUAGAGUCGGAGAAGCAGCAGCCGCUAGCAAAGCAGAGCGCGGAGUACUUGGCAGGCAGUUUGAUCAAGCUCGUCAUUGAAAACUUUGUCCGGUCUACCGUCUACGGAACAAAGUACUACUACCAAACUUUGCCAAAAAUACUUACGCUUUGGCUGGACAUGGGUAUGGAAGUCAUGCAAUACCCGAAAACUAACAAGGAAUUUCAUGAUCAUCGGCUCAACUACCUUGAUACCAUCAACAAGUACCUCAAGCGCUAUGCUGGAGAGCGGAUGCCUGCUUUUGCAUGGUAUACUGCCUUCCCUCAGAUCAUCACACGCAUCAGCCAUCCGAAUAAGAACGUUUGGGAUGCACUUCAGACCAUCAUCCUUAAAGUUGCAUCUUCGUAUCCGCAGCAGGCGCUGUGGGCCUUGUUGGCUGUCCUACAUUCGACGCAGGAUGACCGCCGAGCUCGAGGUGCUGCAGUUCUGCAAAGACUACGCGAUGCAUCUAAGCGCAAGGGAGCUUCGCUUGACCUCAAGACCCUCAUUAUCCAAGGGCAGCGACUUACGGAUGCGCUGCUAGCGGCUUGCGAUGCUCCGAUUGAGUCGCGGGUUGCUCGUGUGAGCUUAUCAAGAGACUUGGGAUUCAACCACAAGCUUGCACCUACGCCGUUGGUUGUUCCUAUUGAAGCAAAUCUGCUUCCCAACCUUCCAGCCGGCAACGAUAGUCAGACGAUUCGCCGUCACAACCCCUUCCCAGCAGAUGCCAUUUCCAUCCAGUCAUUCGACGACGACGUGCUAGUUCUGACAUCACUACAACGGCCGCGGAAACUGAAUUUACGCGGUUCAGAUGGACGCUCCUACGGCCUCCUCUGCAAGCCAAAAGACGACCUGCGCAAGGACCAGCGUCUCAUGGAAUUCAACGCCAUGAUCAAUCGAGCUCUCCAAAAGGACGUAGAGUCCAGCAAACGCCGCCUCUACAUCAAAACCUACGCUGUCACCCCCCUCAACGAAGAAUGCGGCGCAAUCGAAUGGGUCGAAGGGCUCAAGCCUAUGCGCGACAUCAUCAUCCGCUUCUACCGCCAACGCGCCAUACCAAUCGACUACAGCGAAAUCCGCUUGCUCCUCAACGAAGCCUCAUCAUCACCCUCCAAAAUCUCAAUCUUCACCGAACGUAUCCUCUCCCGCUUCAUCCCCGUCCUACACGAAUGGUUCGUCGAAACCUUCCCCGAGCCAGAAGCCUGGUUUGCGGCCCGCCUCCGUUACACCCGCUCCUGUGCCGUAAUGAGCAUCGUCGGCCACGUCCUCGGCCUCGGCGACCGCCACGGCGAAAACGUCCUCCUCGAACAAGGCGACGGCGGUACCUUCCACGUAGACUUCAACUGCCUCUUCGACAAGGGUCUCACCUUUGAGAAGCCAGAACUCGUCCCUUUCCGCCUCACACACAACAUGGUAGACGCAAUGGGUCCCCAGGGCGUAGAAGGGCCCUUCCGCAAAGCAGCAGAGCUCACAUACAAACUUCUUCGUCAACACGAGGAUACGCUGAUUACUAUCCUGGAGACGUUUGUUCACGAUCCCACUGCGGAUUUCCUUGGCGGUAAGCGCAGGAAGAAGAUUGUGGGCGUGCCGGAUACGCCGCAGGAGGUGCUGGAUAUUACGCGCACGAAAGUUAAUGGCUUUCUCAAGGGUGAGAGUGUGCCGUUGAGUGUGGAGGGUUAUGUGGAUGCAUUGAUUGCUAUGGCGAGAGAUCCGCAGAAUUUGGCGGCUAUUUUCAUCUUAAGCUAG